CAAAGGUCAGCAGCGUUUUAUGGAUGAAUAAUCAACAGAGGAAAGUUGUGAAAACAUCUUACAAAAUUACAAUCACAUAAAGUAUGGAUUGGAUGUACUAUUAAGAGAAGCGGAUUCAUUAGGAAAUGAGCGAUUCACCUAAAAGGAAACGACUUAAACAGUCAACAUUAACUGCAAUGUUCAACACAAAGAGUCAACAAAAGCAAAUUGAAGAAGAAGUAUUGAAUGAAAUUUUUGCACCAAGAGUUGAUAGUGAACUACAAAAGCAACAGAGGCAACUGUUAGCAGAGGCAGCGGAAAACCGAAGGAAUCGUAAAUCUUCCCCAAGCGCUAUUAAUAACAAGUGCAGUGAUAAUAGUAAACCAGACCGAUUAGUGCAUUACACAGACAGUAGGAAAUCAUCUGCCAAUGAGAAAAAGAUCCCUUCCCAUGAUGUACCUUCGACAUCAGCAGCUGCAGCUAGUGCGUCGACCCCACCGACCUUGGAGUAUGACUUUGAAGAAUCUCCUGUUUUAUUUUCAGAUUCAGAGCCUCUUUCAAGUCAAAGUCAGCAUUUAGAAGACAGUAACCAAUCAACCCAGCUUGUGGUACCAUCACCUCCUCCAACACUUACCAGGGAGAAGAGCUACGGAGUGCCUUACAGCAACUUGAAUAGGAAACCUGAAAGCAGUGCAAAGUUACCGCAGCUAGCAUCAACCCCAGAUCACACACUGUUAUUUAGGCCACAUAUUCGGCCUGGCAGUGCCCCUCGUCCAUACCCUGAUACCUACCAAGACCAUUGGAAUAACAACUUUGUACGAAUGCCAUGCUCAAGAGAAAAUCUAUAUCCCUUUCAAGAUGAGAAUGGGCAGAAAAUAUUGAUCAGCCGCUGGGAAAUGAUUAAGUCUACACUUCUGCAAGGAGUUAGCAACUCACUUGAUCUAGAAGUUGCUGUGUUGAAGUACAAUGCAAGGUACUGUAACAAGUGGAACUUCCGUGGUUUACACAGUUUCUUUGGUGAAGUACUAGAUGAGGAUGAACAAGAUCAUUUUUUUCAAGUGACUAUGCCAGCCAUCAUAGAUCUAGCACUUCAACUACCGAAUAUAUGCACUCAGAGCCCACCACUUUUAAAGUGCCAGAAGAACCAUUCUAUCACAAUGACCCAGAAACAAGUCGCUAGUCUACUCGCCAAUGCUUUCUUUUGUACAUUUCCAAGACGAAAUGCUCAACAGAAAAAGUCUGAGUACUCGAGGUUUCCUGAUAUAAACUUCAACAGAUUGUUUGAGGGAAGUCAAGCUGGUAUUCAUCCAACCAAAGCAGAGAAACUUAAAUGUAUUCUCAACUAUUUCAGGAGAAUCACUACUACAGAGCCCACUGGCACUAUAACCUUCAGACGAUGUGCAAUAGACAGGUUUCCUGAGUGGAGUACAAGCACUGCAAGGCUUCGCGAUCUACAUGUUAGUACAGAGGGAACCAUAGAAGACAACGGUCGAGGAAUGUUACAGAUGGAUUUUGCCAACAAGUUUGUCGGUGGUGGUGUAUUAGGAUUUGGAAGCGUGCAAGAGGAGAUUCGGUUUUUAAUUUGUCCAGAGCUACUUGUGUCCAGACUGUUUACAGAAGUGCUAGAUGAUAAUGAAUGUCUUUUAAUUACAGGUGCUGAACGGUAUAGUGACUAUACAGGUUACGCUAAUUCUUUCAAAUGGGCUGGAAAUCAUGUUGACAACACUUCAAGAGAUGAUUGGGGGCGCCGUUGUACUGAAAUUGUAGCUGUUGAUGCUCUUGUCUUCCAUUCCAAAGCAGCUCAGUAUAAGACUAAUCUUCUCACAAGAGAGAUUAAUAAAGCGUAUUGUGGUUUUAAUGACAAUACAACACCAGUCAAGAAUCGUUCAGCUGUUGCUACUGGUAACUGGGGAUGUGGAGCAUUUGGAGGGGACCCUAGGCUGAAGGGUUCUCUUUGGAACGUGAUUCUGCAAUAUGGCAAAUGUGAAAAUAAGACUAUUAGUUUAUAUGACUACAUAUACCAAGUGUACACAAACUAUGAUGAUUCUACAGAUGAGGAGAAUGAGAAGGAUGACCAUAACUGAUGGAAUUUUCUUUUUAUUUGCUGUUACCGUAAUCCUCAACAACGAUAUUUAAAUUAAGAUCCAAUUUUACAAAUGACACGGAGAUCAAAUAGUAAAUGCUCAUGAUGAGACUCUAGAAGACGCUCUACUGGAUUGACCAGUACUGGAAUAGGAGAAUAGACAGCGUGCGAUUCAAACCCUAGACAACAAGGUUUAAAUCCUGAAUGGAGGUCGCUGUGCCAAACCGCUUGCCCCAAAGAAAGGAUAUACGGACAAAGGUAGACCAGGACUUCUCGGGCAUCUCGGGGAGCUAAGAAUAAAUGAAACAGUUGAAUUGGACAUUGAACGAACCAAUUAAUGAGGCAGACUCAGGUAUAUCAGGAAUUUGAUGGUCUAAUACAGGGAUCCCAAGUUAAAAGAUGUCAUUUUUGGAGAUCUUUAAUACCAAACCACCUUUCCUAAAAAUGGAUAUAUGUUGCUAAGACAAGCCAAACCAGCAACUUGUCAUUUCCUGUUUCUGAGAUACUCUAAUGGCCAAAAGAAGCUGGAAUGUCAACAUUUUUGAAUAUCUAUUUUAUUGCACUAAACAAACCUUUAUAUAAUUAUUCAUCAUGCCAUGCUGCUAUUUUCCCCUUUUUCAAUGUUAAAACAACGAUUUUUAACGAUUUGGUGAUGGUUUCUGCCUAAGAAAUGCCAAAAAUCAUAAACUUUGAAGGCUGGUUUCUCAAAUAUUGUUCUUUAAACAUCUGUAUGUUUAAA